GGGAGAGGAUAGCAACAGUUGCCUUGAGACCCCCGGCGCCAUAGUGACUGUAGCCGUGGAGACUGUUACUUGCCAACCGGAGACACAAGAUCAGCAGUGGCCGGAGGAGCGACCCGGGGACCGCGGGGCCAUAAGUUUUACAGCAUCACCCAUCUAACAGCACGGGGAGCCAGACCCAGCACCAUGCAAAGUUCAGACAGUGGCUCAGAUUCUGCAACCUCUGUUGCCUUACGGACCUCGGCAUCUGCUCAAGCACCAGUUGUUCAACCAGUUCCAGCUUCUCAACAGAGGAGUUUGUCUCAGUCGUCUGGCUCUGCUCCCAAAGGAGCACAUGGUCAGGGUGUCUCUGUGCCCAGAGCUCACCAGAUACAGCAGCAGGUACAAACUGUGCAACAUGUUUACCCUGCACAAGUGCAGUAUGUGGAAGGAGAUACUGUGUACACCAAUGGAGCCAUCCGAACAGCCUACUCAUACAAUGCUGAAGCUCAGAUAUAUGCUCCAAGUAGUGGUGCAUCUUAUUUCGACUCUCAGGGAGGAGGUGCCCAAGUGACCACUGUGGUCUCUUCUCCCACUUCAAUACCUUCCCACAGUAUGGUGGGCAUCACCAUGGAUGGCAGCCAAAUCAUCUCCAGUUCUGGAGCAUACCUGAUCCAUGGUGGUCUGGACAGUUCCCGUCAUAGUUUAUCUCACACUUCACGUUCCUCACCUGCAACGCUUGAAAUGGCGAUUGAAAAUCUCCAAAAAAAUGAAGGCAUCACUUCUCACAAAAGCAGCUUGCUCAACAGCCAUCUCCAGUGGUUGUUGGAUAACUAUGAGACAGCAGAUGGUGUAAGCCUUCCCAGAAGUUCCCUGUACAACCAUUAUCUUCGCCAUUGCCAGGAGCACAAGCUGGAUCCAGUAAAUGCAGCGUCAUUUGGCAAAUUGAUACGCUCUGUAUUUAUGGGCCUGCGGACGCGACGUCUUGGCACUAGGGGGAACUCAAAGUACCAUUAUUAUGGCAUACGACUAAAACCUGAUUCUCCUUUGAACCGCCUCCAAGAGGACACACAGUAUAUGGCAAUGAGACAGCAGCCCAUUCAUCAAAAGCAGAGGUACAGACCUUCACAGAAGAUGGAAGGCAUGCUAGAUAAUACUCCUAACAGUAGCCAGCACACUUCUCCUGAGCAGUCUGUAGCUGCCCAGAGCCAGCAUCACCAGCAAUUCAUAGACAUGUCCCACGUGUUCCCAGAUUUCCCUGCACCAGAUUUGGGCACCAUGCUCUUACCAGAUGGCAUUAACAUGACAGAUAUAAAGAAUUUGCAGCUCAUGUACCGGAGACACUGUGAGGCAACUAUUGAUGUGGUUAUGAAUCUACAGUUCCAGUACAUUGAGAAGUUAUGGCAGGCAUUUUGGAAUUCAAAGCCGACCUCCCCAGAUGGUUCCACAUUGGCAAGUGACGAGGAAUCAGACGCAAUCAUCCCAAAGGACAAAUUGAUGGUCAUGUGUAAAUAUGAACCCAUCAUGAGAUGGAUGAGGAGCUGUGACCACAUCUUGUAUCAAGCCCUUGUAGAGAUUCUCAUCCCCGAUGUCCUACGUCCUGUGCCCAGUACAUUGACUCAGGCUAUCCGAAAUUUUGCAAAAAGUCUGGAAGGGUGGCUCACAAAUGCAAUGUGUGACUUUCCACAGCCGAUUGUCCAAGCAAAGGUUGGCGUUGUUAGUGCAUUUGCUCAAACCUUACGUCGAUACACAUCCUUAAAUCAUCUGGCACAAGCAGCCCGGGCUGUCUUGCAAAAUACCUCCCAGAUUAAUCAGAUGCUAAGUGAUCUAAAUCGUGUUGAUUUUGCCAAUGUUCAGGAACAGGCAUCCUGGGUGUGUCAGUGUGAAGAAGGCAUGGUCCAAAAGCUGGAGCAAGAUUUCAAACUGACUCUUCAGCAACAAAGUUCUUUGGACCAGUGGGCGAGUUGGUUGGAUAAUGUUGUUACCCAAGUGCUGAAGCCACAUGAAGGGAGCCCAAGUUUCCCAAAAGCUGCCAGGCAAUUCCUUCUGAAGUGGUCAUUCUACAGCUCAAUGGUAAUUCGGGACCUCACCUUGCGCAGUGCUGCCAGUUUUGGAUCCUUUCAUCUAAUUCGAUUACUCUAUGAUGAAUAUAUGUUCUACUUGGUAGAACACAGAGUGGCUCAAGCUACAGGAGAGACCCCUAUUGCAGUAAUGGGGGAGUUCAGUGACCUGUCUUCUAUGUCUCCUGUGUUAAUGGAUAAAGAUGACAUCAGUGAACUUGGAAGUGAUACAGAUGGGGACCUUCGUGUCUCUGGUGAACCACCUGUCAAGAGAGAGCGUGUGGACAUGGGCCACUCCAUGCAGGAAAUGUAGAAAAGUCAGCUAUGCCUUAAUGCUUCUUGUAUUGGGAUUUCCUCAUUUUGAGACAACCUGCCUUCAUAAAACUAGUGCCUGCGCAACACACACAAUGUUGAGGGUUUAGUGUGCUUUCCUAUUAAGGACCACUUGCACCAUUUUUAUUGGCAUUUGCUGUUAGUUUGAAUAAUGACGUAUGGUGUGGAAAAGAUAUGGCAUCUAUGACGAUCGCACUGCAGCCACAUGUGCCAUGUUCCAACCCAUCCUCUAUAUUGUGCAAACCUUCUUCUAAGAUAAAAGUACCUUGGUUGGAAGUAUGCGGCAAGCCUUGGGACUUAUUAAAGCAUAAAUAAAACAAAUGUCAUUUUGUGGACUACAGUUGGAGCAUUUUCCUAAACCUUGGCACGUUGUUGGGUAAUUAUUGUACACUAUGGCUCUGUUACCUCACUGUAGAUCUCCCUGACCUGGGCUGAAUUAAUUUGCCAAAUCACACUGUGCUUUAGACUACACAAUAUAGUGUGAAUACCUGGUAGGUAUGUCCAUAAGUGGAGUAAACACUGCUGGGAUUAAUGGCAGUUGUGUAAUGAUACACAGGAUCAAUCCUGACUUUCCUAAAUGCGGGAGAUAUCGGUGUAAGAUUACACACCGAGAAUCUUACAUUACUUCAUGCCUCUCUUAACAAAAAUAUUAUACGUUGAAACUCAUCUCAUGGUGGUUUAUAACCUUUUUAGAAUAAGAUUGUGUACAUUGUUGCCAGUUAGUUUGUCAAGAAUGAGUACAUGUUUAUUAUAGACUUGGUUAAGGUGUAUAUCUUAUUCGCCUCCAUAAUUGUUCUGUCUUUAAGAGGUUAUUCCAGCAAUCAAAAUUGUUAUAUUUGGCUUGUGGUGCUUUAAUAUAGCAAGGCAACCAUACUCUCCUGCCUCAGUCUCCUGCUGCUGAUGUUCUUGGCAACCACUGCAGUCACAGAGCGGGACAACAGGUCACAAGGUGCAGAAGAGAGCAGCAAACUGGGAACCUUCACAAUGGCAGCAGUUUGGCAUGAAGCGGGUUAAUAGGGUUCUGUUAUUUUAAAGCAUCCUGA